AUGACAGACACAUCCUUGCCACAAUACAAUCUAUACGCAACGACAUUGACAAAUCCUGAGAUAUCGUGUGCGAAUGCGCUGACAUUAACCGUCGCUGAUCAGAAUUAUUUCCGCUUUUUCCCCUCCUCUUCGGUGGUUUUCUACUAUAUGAAGCCGUGGGAAUGGAGCAGUUUUGGAUUUAUCUAUCAAGGACCGGCAGCAGCUAACAAACUGAUUAUGCGAAUGAUCCUUGCACUCGCUGCCAGCGAUAUGCAUCGCCGUGGGCUAAUCUCAGAUGUAGCAUCGCAUGAAGCAGCUAGAAACCACGGUCGAUAUCAUUAUGAGUUAGCUGUGCGGGAUUUACGAGAAUAUCUUGAACACGGGACCAGUAAUGAGACAGGAGAGGGAGGAGCCUCGGAAUCUGAAUUCGAGAUGAUAUUUUGCACCAUGUUUUUGAUGAUCUCAUUUGAAUGGCAUUACGGCCAUUCCGUGAAGCAUCUCCAACUUCAUCUACAGGGAGUGCGAUGUCUACUCAAGGCCCACCCGGAAAUGUUUCUUCUCAAAGAUAUGACCAACAGAAUUUUAACAACAGGAUCAAAUCCAAAGGGAGGGUUAUCUUUCAUGCCGGCCCAAUUUCUUCUCUGGAUCCUUUAUAUGGAGAUUGCUGGCCACCAUAGGGGCUUGGAAGGCUCUCUCUAUGAUACCCUUCUCGACUCAGGAAAUUCUUCAUUACAUCCUGAUUAUCUACAUCAAAGUGCACGCAUUUGGGGUCGAUGUCUGUGGGGAGAAGAGUACCCUGAUAACCAGAUUCUAGACGAUAUGGAAAACCAUAGAGCUUUGGAACUUCUUCACCAUGCGAUGAUCAUGCGAAACAAAAUUUGGCAGUUAGCAUUGGGAAGCAGUGAGCGCUCCGUAACUUCAACUCCGGAGACUUUGUUUUCGGAGCUGAUGACUAUUCGAGAUGCCUUCAGCGAUGUGUUCAUCACUGCCAAAUUUACAAGUUCACUUUCUGCCCGCCGUGCUCUGUACACAAUUUAUUUCGCGGUGUGCACCUUUGAUGCACAAAUAUUGUAUCACCGAAGACUUCUAUACCCUACAUCUCAUGUUAGAGGAACAGUACAUCGACAGGCUCUUGCUAGCAUGCUCGAGAUGCUCUAUAGACAGUAUUCUAUUGAUCCCAUACUACUCCAGCGGAUGCCCUGGUCGAUUUUCAUGGUCAUGAUUGAGACCGAAGACCCGAUCCAUCGCGAUUGGGCAGAGCAAAGACUACGCGAAGUACGGCACGUGCAUGAAGACUACGGUUUUAUUAAUAUUCUCGUUGAUGAAUUUAUUGAUCGGCAACGAGCGCGGCCUGGUAAAAUGGUCAAUCUGUUCGAAAUUCUUCAGCGACAAUAUAGUAUGUAUAACAAAUAG